AACCGUGUGGCGCGCAGAGAAAAUUUGUGCAAACUCCUUAGUUUAAUUUGCAGAUAGUUUGGCACAUUAUGGCUUAGCAACUAUUCGACAAGCAGUAAAAUCAAGGUUUUGGAACGGAUCUAACGACCUUGCAGGAAGCCUUUGAAGAAUCAUGGCUGAUAGAUUCCCAUCAGAAGAUGCAAGUCGGUCAUCCCAGCCUUUGCGUGGACCAUAUUCUGAGCCGAGAUCACAACGACAAGCCCCUCGUCAAUAUCCAGCUAGUUUGGAUACUGAUCUAAGCCUCAUUACAGAGCUUCGCAGGUCUGAAGAGGAAGCUUCUGGACAUAGAUCCCUGCCAAAUAACUUGGGAUGGUCUUCAAGAGCAAGUGCUCUCUCACCAUCAGCUGCAAGUGGUGCAACAAAAAAGAAAGGAAAGCACUUUGAGCAGGUGAAGCUGCCUCCUAAGGCUGGCUCAGCUAGCCCCUCUUCUGAUGGUACCCAUUUCACUAGAAAACAACACCAUACACCAGCUACAGUUCCAAGAACACGCCUACCUCCUGGUACCCCUAUGGCGGAGAGGUUGGCUAUGGAAAGUUUAAAGCAAAAACUGUCUUUUGAGGAAAAACCUGAGCGUGACGAGGAGGGUCCCCGAAGUAGAGGUGGGAGAUCAUCACAAAAUCAAUCAUCUAGCACAGCUAAUAAUGAGAGAGCAUUACCUACACAACCAAGAGUACCAGCCACUGCCAGCUUACCAGUGUUGGAGAUGAAUGAAACUGAGACAGCAAGGACUUCUACAGAGGUAGCUCCUAGAUCAACAGCUUCUAAGGUCAACACACCUUUGAUCAUUGCAAGGCUCAAUCAAGUUCGGGGCUUUCUCAAACAAGCUACUGAAAUGUUUGUCACUUUACAAAGUACAGGCAGUGAUGAAAGGUCUAGUGAACUAAAUGCACAAGCAGUGAAGAUUGCAAGGCUAAUCAAACAGCUCAAACAGCAAGAGAAAGCUUAUGUAGAACUUCUUGAAAGAUCAGUGGCUGUUGAACAUGAUUCAACUUUAGAAAACACACCAUCUCUGAGUCUGCAGUCACUAACAGAGGAGGAAAAGAGUGAGUCAGCAUCUAUAAGAGAUGAAGAGCUUCAAGGGCUACGUCAGCAACAUGCUCUAUUGAAAAAGAUGCUGGAGCAGCAACAGCAGCUGAAGGAACUACAAACCCGACAAGCUACUCUGUUGACGUUGCAACGUGAUGCAGAAAUGCGUUUGGCUGAGGCAGAGGAAGAAGGCAGAGUAGACCCUGAUGAACCAGGUGCAAUUGGAGGUGAAGAUGAUGAACCUAGCAGAAGCAGAGGUGCAUCAGGAACUUCCCAAGCUCUAGCACAACUGGAUGUUGUUCCUGAGAGACCAAGCACUAGUGUCCUGACAGAUGACAGGCGGUUUACACCUGAAGAAUUAGAGCUCAUCAACCUUCUCAGAAAACACAAGGAAAAGUGGAGGGCUGCUGAUUCUGGGGAUGAGAAGGAAACAGAUGAAAGGGAGAACCAUGGGCCAAAGAGGACAAAUCAGCCAACAGUGGAACAAGCACCUCAUCCAGAGAUGAGUUCAGAAGUUGCAGAUAGUGAGGCUGCUUUAGCUCUUGCAAAUGCAACUCAAGAAAGGUUGGAACUUGAGAAUAAGUUGAUGGUCUUAGAGGCAAAAAAGGAGCAGAUGGACACUUUGCUAAAAGAGUUGCAGUCUCUCAAAGAAGCACAAUUAAGAAAAGAAUCCUUAGACGCUGCUGGUGGUGCAAGUGCAAGUGUAAAUGAGUCUAAACAAGAAGAGGAUGAACCACUCGCCACUACAUCUCAAAAGCUAGAUGAUGAGCGUAUCCUAGAGGCUCUGGAAGUUCACGAAAAACUAAAAAGCUUGCAAGAAGUGAGAGAUCGCUUGAGCCAGUUGCGGGAAUUGAUUGGUCAAUAUCAGCCAUCUUUAAGUGAGGUGGACAGACCAGAGAAUGGGGCACAAGUCCAACCUGAAAGAGAACGUCUCAGCUUACCUGUUCAGAGCAGUGAGGAAGCGGAAGAAAUGGAAGGUGCGGUCGGAGGAGCAACUGGUGGAACCGACGAGGACUUCAGCAGUAUUGAGUGGAUGCUUAGUGCUGGUGUGGAAGACCCUGAUCUAAUGGCAAAAAUAAGGCAACUUCAAGAAGCAAGGGCAAGGGUUACUCACCUGUUUAAACAAACAAAUGAAAAUGUUCAGACGUCACCCGCUAGGGUGAACAAUGAACCUGUGCAGACACAGGCUGCAGAGGAAGACUCUGAGGCAGAGACCCAGACGGACACUGAUGCUGAAAGUGCAGUGAGUGGCGGUAGUUCAAGUGUUAAUGCCUUAGCUUGGCAAGAUGAUCCUGAAUUUCAGGCUAAAGUCAGGAAACUGAAUUCUGCCAAGCAGAAGUUAAAACAGCUUCAAGAACUUGUCAAGAAAAUUCAGCAGUUUCCGGAAUCCUCUCAAACGCUACCAGCAGAGUUGGCAGAGCUAAGCUUCGAUGAAGACGAUUUCGAUGAUGACGACGACGAUGAUGAUGAUGACGACGAUGAUGACGACGAGGAAGCAGAAGAAGAUGAAAAUGACGAGGAUGGAGAUGAAAGCAACAGAUCAGAGGCUUCCUAUGACAAUGAGCGAGGGAAUGUGCAGAAUGAUGGUGAAGAAGUCUCUACGGCUACUGAGGACGAAGAUGCUGGUGAAGAUGUUCCAGCUGCAGCAGCUCUCAACAGAAACAGAAUGCUGGAUCUUGAGGGAAGUGACCAGGAAGCAGUGUACCAGAGGUAUUUGCAGAAACAAACGGCAGAGCUUGAACAACUGCAGCAGGAAAGACAAAGGUUACUGAAAGUUCAGGAAGAACUGGCUAGAAUAAGCAGGCAGUCUGGAAAUCACAAGACAGCGUCAACACAGACAUUUCAAGCUUCCCAAGUAAAGCCACAAAAACCCGCGACUGCAGGAAUAAUGCUCAGAACUGGUGCAUUUGCCACCAGCGGAGGAGCUCUCUCAAAGAGACCAGUCAUGAUCCACGCGCCAGUGAACAAGGAAAUUUCAACGCAGACACCAUUUUAUGGUUCUGACCUGAGGGUUGCAAGAUCUGUAGACUCAAGUGAACCCCCAAGAGCUCGUCCAAGUUCGUUGGUGUGGUCAGAACUGAGACGUCAGAGAGAACUGCACGAGGAAAAGCUAAAGAAAAGAAAACAAAAAUUUCUAGAGAAGCGAAAGAAGUCGGGGCUCGAUGAUUUGUCCGAAGGUGGGACAUACUCUGUGAGGAGUGGAAGGAGUGGUGACAUCGAUGAAGGGUUUGGUGUGAGUAUGAUGAGUGCUGACAUUACUACUGCUACCUGGGGCGGCUCAACUCAACCUAGCAGUACCCAGAAUGAUUCAGCAGUGUCCGCCGAUGAAUCUGACGAGGAGAACGAGGUGGCACAGAUCGCCGUGGAAGUAGAAGAUGAUUAUCCGGACGGAAUCGUUCAAGCCGAGGAGGAGGAAGAGGAGCGUCUUGAACCGGAGGCUUUCUCAGGAUCAGCUCAGGCAGUGUUUAGAGGCAGAGAGAGAGUUCCUCGUAUGACCACCUUUAGGGGCAGUGUAGAUAGCACCUCCCAACCCAGUAGCGGCAAGAAACGCAAGAUUGAUGGCACGGCAAUAUCUGGUGGAGCUCGAAAAAGGGAAAGAGAGAGAGGCCUCACUUUUGAAGACUGGCCAAGAACAUUCUAUUUUGAUAGGAAUUCACGUGGAAGAAUAAGACAAGAGAACUUCACGCCAGCUGAGCAGCUCAUCAAGGAACGAGAGCAGGAACAGUUUAACAUGGAGCGGCAGGCAUGGGAACAGCACUGUGAGCGUCUGCACCAGGAGGUGUCCGACCUCUCCACUCUGUGCAACGGACUCCUCAGAGAUCAACAGAUGCUAGUGUCUACAGUGAUUGGCAGAAGUGUUCCUUCCGGACCAGCGGCAAGCCCGAAUUUGGGUAACAUCCCAGGACCUAGUGUCGGCGGAAAUCCAUUCGAGCAAUAUCAACAAAGGCAACAAGAAGCUUAUCAAGGACUUCAAAGCUUCUUUGAUCAACAGCGUUAUAUGCAGCAGCAACACCAGAUACUGCAAAGCCUCAACCAGUGUUAUUCACAGCUUCAGCAGCAACAUCAAGAUAUGGCGACCCUUCAACAUCAAUUCCAGCAGCUGUUUACGUACAACCCCUCCGCUGCAGGAAGUGACCACAAUCCUUCACCACACAGACCUCAAACUGUGACUCCUAGCGUUUUAAAUAAUGCGUCUCCCUCCUUCAUGAGUCUGCCAUCGCAUAGUGUUUUGCAGCCUCCCUUAUCUGCGCCUCUGGUUAGCCAGUCACCUUUUACCAGUGCAUAUCAACCGCCAUCUUCCGCACCUGUGUUCAGAACUUCUUGGUAUCCUCAGUUUGGUCAGCAAACCACAUCUACUGAUCCACCACGACAAGCUAUGCAGGAAACUUUCAGUGUGAACCCAGACACAGGCAUACCAAGUCCAAGGUCUACUUCACACCGUGGGCAUCCUGUUGAACCUGCUCCCCCUCCACCCACCUCGUCAGGCACGGGAAACCCUGUAAUGGUAGUUCGAGAGGUGGGACCUAGCGCGACAGGAGUGGGUCUGUCUCCUGGUAAUGUUAGACUUGAACGGAAAUAUGAUCCGAGUUCUUAUCAAGAACCGACAUCUACAAGUGCAAACGUACCGAAAACAGGGAGCAGCCCAGAUGUGAUUGGUCGCACGUUUAACACACCUCUUAGAGCAGCCGCCGCGGCCGACCUAGCACAGAAAGAUAAAUCAGCCUCGAGGGGUGCAGGAUUCAGUUUAGCCCAAAAACUCGCAGCUGAGUCAGUAGAGACGUCUUCAAGAGCUUCAAGUGUGCCUGGAGAUGCACAGGAUGUUGCGAAAGGGUCUUGGCAAGAGGCAGAUAGGGCAUCAGAGGCAGGCAGCGAGUUUUCACUUUUUGAAGCACUCAGAGACUCUAUUUAUUCCGAAGUUGCAACGCUCAUUUCUUUGAACGAAUCCAGACCACAUUUCUUGCUCGAACUGUUCAGAGAAUUACAGCUAUUAACAUCAGAUUACUUAAGGCAGCGUGCGUUGUACGCCCUACAAGAUUUGGUAACAAGAUUUUUAACUGAGGACUCAGUUGGUGCUGAAGGAGGGCCUCUGCAGCAAGCACGAUUUCAGGAAUGGCUAGGUUCCAAUUCUGAACUGACUCCAAGUGAAACAGUAGAGACAUUUGAAGACGACGAAUCUGAGACGAGAGAGGCUGCAGUCCCAGCCGAAACGGUGACAGAAGGAAUCUAUGACUACGCAGAGAAUGUCGAGUCAGGAAGCACCCUCUCCACACCAACAUCGAGUCACGCUGGUGAGGCACCCUUUGCGUCUGAAGGUCUGGGAGACACUGUCAUUCACCUCGACAAGGCUCUAAGCAGGAUGCGUGAAUAUGAGAGACUGAGAACUGAAGGGAAACUGACUGAACUUGUGUCUGGUGCUGCCUUGUUAAAAGGGGACAAACACGUCAAAGACGACGUCACCACCAGCUCUGCUGGAGACGUAGGAAGCGAAUCUUCGAUAUCGGAUGUUCAGUAUCCAAGAAUCGACACUCAAGCCCUGGACCAUCUCAUUAAGUCAAUCAUGUCGGAGGUAAUACCUUGUUUGAAUGAACACAUGGAGGAUACAUGCACAUCUGAUCUGUUGGGUUAUAUAAGAAGUCUGGUGUUAUCACGGAUUCAAGUUAAUGAAGAUCAGGAGUUUGGAAGGUUCUUUCACAAACAGCUGGCUUCCAUUCUUCAGGAUUCCUUAUCAAGAUUUACUGAUAGAACAAUGAAAGACUGUGGCGAGGAUAUGCUUGUGGACAUGUCUGAGAUUUUGUUCAACGAGUUGGCGUUUUUCAGGCUUAUGCAAGACUUAGACGGGUGA